AUGCUUACAUGCAGCAGUCUAAAUACUGCAAAUCGUCGACAGCAAAUCGAGUCGUGGGAAGCUUCUGAAAUGAACAAAGAAAUCGUUAACCCUAAACCACCUGAACGUGUUAAUUUUCCUAUUGAUGUUCAAUUUCAUGCCGCAUGCAAAAAUGCAGAUUUGGAUGAAGUUAAAGCACUUCUAGCUAACGGCGUGGAUAUUAACGUCACAAAUGUUGAUGGAUUAACUGUCCUUCACCAGGCAUGCAUCGACGAAAAUUAUGAUGUUGUACAGUUUCUUUUAUCAAAUAAUGCAGAUGUUAAUGCACAAGACAAUGAAGGAUGGACACCUCUUCAUGCUUGCGCCUCUUGUGCCUAUCCUGAAUUAGCUAAGUACGAAUUUUAUUCUCCCAUUUUUAUACUGCAGUUCUAA